UAUUUUGAAUGGGGGGUAGUGUGUAUUUAAAGUUCUACUACAGUCCACUAAAACCAUAUAGAGAGAAAUAAAAUGGUGAGAGUUGACCCUUAAAUUUUUCAAAAUAGUGAUUUUUGGAUUGGAGAAAACAAGAAAAAUGAACAUAUCAUCUGAAGAAAGCAGCAAGAUUUCAAUUUCUUGCUGGGGAAAUCAUUGCAUCAAAGGCAAAAAUACAGCAAUUUUCUUGUUCAUAGGAGUUGUUGCAAUUUCAUCCCUGGUUUUAUACAAAUCAGCUUAUCCUUUUCAAAUUCUUCUUCCUUCUUCUUCAAUGUUAAAUCAAACCCACUCCAUGGGAAAGUUGGAAGAUAAUUUAGAGGAAGUAUUAAAAGCAGCAUCAAUGGAAGAUAAAACAGUAAUAUUAACAACAUUAAAUGAUGCAUGGGCAGAGGCAGGCUCAAUAUUUGAUUUAUUUUUGGAGAGUUUUAGAAUUGGAAAUAAUACAAAAGGGCUUUUAAGUCAUUUGGUAAUAAUAACAUUGGAUGAAAAGGCGUACGGGCGUUGCAAAGAAGUGCAUGAACAUUGUUAUGCACUUGUGAGUAAAGGCCUUAAUUUCACAGACGUGGCUGAGUUUAUGACCCCAAAUUACUUGGAGAUGAUGUGGAGGAGAAUUAAUUUCCUCUCAACAAUUCUUGAGAUGGGUUACAACUUUGUUUUCACGGAUGCAGAUGUGAUGUGGCUUCGGAAUCCAUUUCCUCACUUUUAUCCAGAUGCUGAUUUCCAAAUAGCUUGUGAUUAUUAUUCGGGAAAUUCUUCUGAUAAAAAUAAUGCACCAAAUGGUGGAUUUAACUAUGUCAAAUCUAAUCCUCGUACUAUUCAAUUUUACCAAUUUUGGUACUCGUCGAGAAAACUUUAUCCAGAAAUGCACGAUCAAGAUGUGUUGAACAUGAUCAAAUUUGAUCCGUUCAUCGACAAACUCGGACUAAAAAUGAUAUUUUUAGAUCCAAAUUAUUUUGGAGGAUUUUGUACACCAAGUGAAGAUUUCAAUUUGGUAUGCACAAUGCAUGCUAAUUGUUGCAUUGGUUUGGAGAAUAAAAUUCAUGAUCUCAAACUUGUGCUUCAAGAUUGGACCAAAUUUCUGUUUUCACCUCCAAAUUUAAAAGCAUUACCAUCAUCAUUCUCUUGGAGAGCCCCAGAUAAUUGCAGAGUACACAUAGAACCUUCAACAGGGGAAUAAUGAUCAGUAACUUUCUUCUCUCAUUUUUGAGAAAUUCAAAUCAAUUGAAUUAUGGUGAGGAAUUGUUUGUUCCCAUCAACAAGAAUAAUAAAUUUCUUACAUGUAUUUUAUAAUUUAGGAACAAUAUUUUUGUUGUUAUUUUUUCUUAUUUUAUAAAAUUGUUUUAAAAGCCAUGUUGAUUGUUGGCCAUACUGUUCAGUAUUACAAUUAGAAUUUGUGAAAACUUUAUUCAUUUUAAAUAAAUAAUAUCCGGUGGUGGAAAACUUGACUCGGAA